GGCUACAGUAGAUCUACAGAACACGUAGAUUGACGUUGCAAACGACGUGAGACCGAUCCAGGUGCAGUGAAGUCAGUUGGGCUUGUCUAGAGCUGUCCUCUAACAGCAACAACAGUCAUUACUUGGCGCACACUAACUUUACAACUAAACAUAAAUGUGGCCAUAUAAAUAUCUUCAUCUGCGCUUCUGCUAAGGACGCUUCUAGAGGCAUCCCAAUGUUCAGCAUGGCAGGCUGUGGAGAAGUGGACUGUUCAGUGAGUGACCCAGCUCCCUCCAAGCUGAUAGAGGAAACAGAAGAUAACUGUUGUACAGCUGGUUCCAGCUCCACUUCCACCCCAGAGUGUGCCAUCUGCCUGCAGAGCUGCGUCCACCCUGUACGCCUCCCUUGCUGCCAUGUCUUCUGUUUCCUGUGUGUGAAAGGCGCCUCCUGGCACAGCAAGCGCUGCGCUCUCUGCCGGCAGGAGGUCCCAGAGGACUUCCUGGAGAGGCCAGUUCUCCUCUCACCUGAAGAACUGAAAGCAGCAGCUGCAGGGGUGAGCCGAGGUGGAGUGGCGGGGAGUGGUUCCCGUGGGGACUAUGCAUGGUACUAUGAGGGGCGCAACGGCUGGUGGCAGUAUGAUGAGAGGACCACGCGGGAGCUGGAGGAGGCCUUUGCCAAGGGCAGGAAAAACAUAGAGAUGCUGAUUGCAGGAUUUCUAUAUGUGGCCGAUCUGGAGAACAUGGUGCAAUAUCGACGAAAUGAGCAUGGCCGCAGGCGCAAGAUAAAGAGGGAUAUUGUAGAUAUCCCUAAGAAGGGAGUGGCAGGACUGAGGUUAGACCCUGAACCUGCACCCAUCCCUGCUUUACCAGUACCAGUCACCCCAGCAGCAACAGAACGUGUCAGUUCAGCUGACGGAUCAGACACUGCAGGCCAAUCGCAGCCUACGACCUUCGGGAUUUUGGCGUCUCUCCCCCCUGUUAGACCUCCAACACUCCUGGGCCGCCAUCUCACCAGUCCUCCAUCGUCCUCACCCUCAACCCUGGAGGAGUCUCUCUCCCAGCUUAUAAUCAGCCAGCCGGAGGGAGGAGAGGUGGAAGGAGACGAUGAGCUUCAUAACCAGACGUAUGAGUACACAUCUGGCAGCAGUGAGAGUGAGGAGGAGAGGCAAGAGUUGGAAAGAGAGAGAGCAGGAUCGAUGCCAUGGCGAAGACAUAGGCAAAGACAGCUAAGAGAGACCCAGCCGGCCAGAAUGCCUCCAAGGGGCGGGCCGUCCAGCUCUGCACUCAGUCUCCGCUCACGUAGCCCCGAUGGACAGUGCACUGUGACAGAAGUGUGACCGUGACGGACAGCGGUUCUGUUCUUUUACAGAUGACAGAUCUUAAACUCUUGUCAGUUCAGCAAAAAAGUGUGAAAGUAGGUAUGCAUCUUUAAAGGUCCCAUGAAAUGAAAAAAAAAGUGUUGUUAUUUGUGUCACUGGGUGUUCUCCUCCCCCCCAUUUAUCAUAUCCAAAAUAUGAUGUGAUUUCACCCAUUUUUAUCACAAAAGUCAAACCUUAAUUUUAUGGGGGAUCUUGCCAACCUUCCAUCCUCCACAACAUGCAAGUAACUAGUAUUAGUGACAGUAAAACAGGUUAUAAUUUCCACUACUAAUAUAUAAACUUAACACCUGGUUAAAAUGUGUCCCUUGUUGUCCUCCACUUGCAUGUAGGUAAAAAAAACCCAACUUUGUGUCUUUUGUGGAAACACUUGAAACCAUAAGCAAAAGUUAAAAUCUUGAAGCCAUUUCAAGGGACCUUUAACAAGCCUUUCAUUAAAAACUUUAAAAGCUAGUUUUAGCCAGCAAUAUAUGUGGAAAUGGUAUGCAUCACUCUCAGCAACAGGUUAUGUAGUAACACAUAACAAUCAGUCCUGUUUCCAGGCCUAAAAAAAUGUGACCAACUGUGGCAACUUCUUGAGCAAUGUCAUCCAAAAACUACCAUCUGUCACCGCCUGUACACCAGUUUAUGACAGUGCAAUACAACCUCAGUGAAAUUACA